CCCAAAACCGCUGCCGAUUACCACCACGAGAGUUACAUGCAUCAGCGAAGCGUCGCUAUGACCGAGUAAUCAACGCCUCUCGAUGCAUGCGUGUGAAUCGUGCGUUGGCGUCUCACCUAAUCUCAACCCCCAAUUCCAUUUGCUCCGAGUAAUAUAUAUGAUAUGUGGUCGUUUCCCACAUUCCCCUCCCCCCCCCCCCCCCUUCUCUCUUUCUGUUGUUCUUCUUGGUUUGAGCCGAUCUCGCGCUCCCGAGAGAAAUAGGAGGCAGGAGAGAAGGAGAAGCGGGCGAGGAGGAGAAGGGGAUCGAAGUCGAUCGGGAGAGAGAAGGAAGCGGGGAGGGCGAUCUCGAUGGGGGACGCGUACUGCCCGGACUGCAAGCGGGGGACGGAGGUGGUGCUCGACCACUCGGCGGGGGACACGGUGUGCUCCGAGUGCGGGCUGGUGCUGGAGUCGCACUCCGUCGACGAGACCUCCGAGUGGCGGACCUUCGCUAACGAGUCCGGCGACAAUGACCCUGUCCGAGUCGGCGGGCCCACCAACCCCCUCCUUGCCGACGGCGGCCUCUCCACCGUCAUCUCCAAGCCCAACGGCGCCCAGGGCGAUUUCCUAUCCUCCUCCCUCGGCCGAUGGCAGAACCGUGGAUCCAACCCCGACCGAUCCCUCAUCCUCGCCUUCAAGACCAUCGCCACCAUGGCCGACAGGUUGGGUCUUGUUGCGACUAUCAAGGAUCGAGCCAAUGAGAUAUAUAAGAAAGUUGAAGAUCUGAAGUCUGUUAGAGGACGAAAUCAAGAUGCAAUUUUGGCUGCUUGUCUAUACAUUGCUUGUCGGCAGGAGGACAAGCCUCGUACUGUAAAAGAGAUUUGUUCUGUUGCCAAUGGUGCUACAAAGAAGGAAAUAGGUCGGGCCAAAGAGUUCAUUGUCAAACAGCUUGAAGUUGAGAUGGGGCAAUCUAUGGAGAUGGGUACAAUUCAUGCAGGAGAUUUCUUGAGGCGGUUCUGUUCACAUCUUGGCAUGACUAACCAAGCAGUUAAAGCGGCUCAAGAAGCAGUUCAAAAAUCAGAGGAACUUGAUAUUCGGAGGAGUCCCAUCUCAAUUGCAGCAGCUGUUAUUUACAUGAUAACCCAGUUGUCUGAUGACAAGAAGCCCCUCAAAGAUAUAUCCCUUGCAACUGGUGUGGCAGAAGGCACCAUAAAGAACUCCUAUAAAGAUCUUUAUCCUUAUGCUUCGAGGAUCAUUCCUACCUUUUUCGCCAAGGAGGAGGAUCUAAAGAACCUUUGCAGUCCGUAAAUUGUUCUGUGAUCGAUGCUAUCAUCUUUAUCGCAGAAGACCUAAAGAAUCUUUGCAACUGCAAAUUAUUCAGACGCAAGGAAUUUGAAAUUUUUAGAUUUUCUGCCGAGAGGAAUGCUGCAUUAAGCAUAAUAUUUUGCUAAUAGGUGUAUAAGAAUUUAAUUCUUGCCUGCCAAAUUGACUUUCACAGGUGCAUUUUUCUCUUUUAAGAUGAACUUGUGGGUCAAAUUAAAUGGAAAAGCAUUAGAUGUUUA